GCUCAACCCCAUCAAAGCUAGACUGAAUAAGGUCGGACUUCUCAAUGGACAGGCAAACGGCUACGCUGCAGAUGACGAGCGCAGUGAAUCGAAAGCGCGCACUGCAGCCUUGCAGCCUGCUCUCUCGAUGUCUCCACGAGCAGCACUUCACCUCCCUCGCAACGACUCCAUGUCAUCGGAGCAGCGGCGGGCAGCCAUUGUGCCUCCUCAUCUCCGGCAUCGGACAGACGAUUCGACCGUGAUGAGCGACACUUCCCGAUCUUCGAGUGUGGUUGUAAUCACUACGAACAAAGCUUUGCCGGCACAGGCUCAAACACCAUCUCUUCGCGCCACCGCCCAGGUGUUCACGCCAAUGUCGACGUCGAGCAUCACAGCGACGGCAGGAAAAUUUACCGGCGUCAGAGGCUCUUUCAACGACUCGAGCAAUGCUUCAGCACAAGUGCAUCGCCAUCAAUGGACAAGC